AGAGAGAAUUCGAAAGGAAAAAAAAGAAAAAGAAAUACGUGAGGAUCAUAAACAAACUUAUUAAGAAAAAAAAAAGUCAACCUUUAACGAACAAACUGCAAAAUUAGUGGCCAAAUUAAGGUAUUAAUCCUUCUGUUUUUGCCACAUUUUCUUCUCCUCCAUUAAUCUUCACCAAAACACACAAACUGAUUUCCCCUUACAGAGACGAAUCCGUAAACACUCUUUUCGUUUCUCUCUUCUUUCCUUUCAUUUAUCUCUCCAUUUCUCCAUUUUUCUCACCAUCCCCUAUUGUUUCUUAUUCAUGGAGAAAAACCCACCCCCAGACAAGUCUGAUAGUUUUUCUAAAAAUUUCAAUAGAAGAAUUGCUAAUUUGGGCUCACCUCGUCGCACUCUUGACCCCGCCGCCGCCGCUGCUGAUGCAAAAUCAGAUUCCGAAAAGCUUGCUGCCGAUAAAGAUGAUGAUGCCUUCAUUGAAGAACCUCUUUCCGAAUCUGAUACCCUAUUAAUUUUCGAAGAGGUUGAUCGAUUCCUUGAGACUUUAUCCAAUGUUGGAGAUGAUGGAUCGAAUGUAGUCCAUGAAAUUCCGAGUUCUGUUCAUUCGUUGUCCAAAAUGGUGGAUUCCAUGAUCUCUAGAUACAGUUCUAAUAAAUAUCCGGCGAAGCUUGGUAAAGAUCCCGACAGGGAUUCUUACUUUUUCGAAGCAUUAGGUCGGAUUGCUAAGAUUGCGAUUAAACUAAGUGAAUUCCCUACCAGCGCUGCUUCCAUUCCUUCUCUAAAUCGGACCACCACGGCUCUACAGCGAGCGAUGUCGUUAUUGGAUGAAGAAUUCAGUGCCCUUUUGAAAGAAUGCAAACAUCGGGAGUUUGAUUCUAAAUCGGACAAGAAAGCAUCUAAGCAAUCGUCGUUCAAAACAAUGAGCGAAUCAACAGAUCAACAAAACAGCACCUUUCCUGAAUCAUCUGAGCCUGAUUCUGCUAGGGAAGAGACAUUCCCCUCUUUUUCGCAGGAAACUGUAUCGAACAUGAAAAGAAUUGCCGGAACAAUGAUCUCCGCCGGCUACGAGAAGGAAUGUUGUAUGAGUUACAGCUUCCUCCGUCAGAGCUCGUUCAAAGGAAUACUGAACCAGCUAGGGUAUGAAAGUAUUAGCAUAGACGAGAUUCAAAAAAUGCAAUGGGAAACACUUCAAAUGGAAAUCGACAAAUGGAUCGCCGUCGUCAAGAAAUGCUCAGAAUCUCUGUUCCCAGGUGAGUGGAAGCUUUGUGACUCUGUUUUCACCGAUCAUCCCUUCAUUUCUCAUACGUUAUUCAGCAAUUUAACAAGAGCAGUAGUCAUCAAGCUUCUCAACUUCGCAAACGCCGUCGUUUUAACAAAACGGUCAGCGGAGAAGAUGUUCAAAUUACUUGACAUGUACGAAACCAUCCGCGAUUUAAUUCCGACAAUCAAUGGCUUCCCUGAAAAUUGCAGAACAGAGUUAAUUUCCGAAGCGGAAGGGGCAAAAAAUGGGAUAGGCGAAGCAAUAGUCGGCAUUUUCUACGACCUAGAGAACUCAAUCAAAAGUGACAACGCGAAAAUUCCCGUUCCAGGAGGAGCAGUUCAUCCAUUAACACGCUACAUAAUGAAUUACCUAAAAUACGCUUGCGAGUACAAAGAAACCCUAGAACAGGUCUUCCAAUUUCUCGACCCUAAAGUCGAGGACGACCGACCAGCAAGAAUGGACGAGAACGACGACGCAUCACCGAGAAAAUCCCAACUCGCAAUUCAGAUCGCAAUGGUAAUGGAACUACUCGACGCGAAUCUCACAAUGAGAUCAAAACUAUACCGCGACCCAUCUCUUCGGUACAUUUUCCUGAUGAACAACGGAAGAUACAUAGUACAGAAAAUCAAAGGGUCAUGCGGAAUUACGGAGUUGAUGGGGGACCGUUGGUGCCGGAAACGAUCGACGAAUCUGCGACAAUACCAUAAAAAUUACCAGAGAGAAACAUGGAGUAAGGUGUUGCAGUGUUUAAGCCACGAAGGAUUGCUGGUGAACGGGAAAGUAUCGAAGCCGAUAUUGAAGGAGAGAUUCAAAAGCUUUAACGCGAUGUUCGAUGAAAUACACAAAACGCAAAGCAGUUGGGUAGUAAGUGACGAGCAGCUUCAAUCGGAGCUUAGGAUAUCGGUGUCAGCGGUGAUGAUUCCAGCGUACCGUUCAUUCGUAGGGAGAUUCAAGCAGCAUUUUGAUCCAGGAAGACAAUCGGAGAAGUACAUAAAGUAUCAACCUGAAGACAUUGAAGGUUUGAUCGAUGAUCUAUUUGAUGGAAAUACUGCGUCUAUGGGCAGAAGAAGAAUGUAAAUUUUCAUUCCAAUACAGUUUUUCGAUUUCUUUUUUCCUUUUAAUUUUCUUUCUUUUCUUUUUCUUUUCCUUUCGAAUUAAUUGAAUUUAUUGUAUUGAUAAUUUUUUUUUUCCUUUCUUAUUGUGAUUUAUUUAUUUUUCCCCAUUAACAAGGGAGGAAUAGAACAUUGAAGUGAACUCUUUUUGACCUC